AUGGCGGGGAGAGAUGGCAUGAAGAAGCCCGGGUCGGUCACCACUGGUUGUGGUUCCGGGACGUCAGGUUCCGAGGUGUCUAACGCAGGUUAUUUUGGCAGAGGCGGUGGGAUGGUUCCUAAGCCGAACUGUGUAUUUAACAUUGGUUCUGUCAGCCAUCCUGUGCCUUCGGGAUCAUUGAAUCGGUGUUCUGUGGUGCAUCCGAAUAUGAUGAAGCAGUCGCCGUUUUCUACGACAGCGCCUACCCCGACGGAGAGUCCUCAAGGUUAUUGCGAUGAUGUCCUUGACCAGCAACUUCUGGAUCAACAUUUGUCGACAAAUAUAUCGCAACAAGAUCUCCUCGAUGAGCAGCUGACGGCCGAGGAAUUGGUCUCCGAGCAAAACCCCGUUGAACAACAGCAGGCGGGCGGAGGACUAACCCCUCUCUACAUGCAGUGUGCGGAACUGCUUACUCAAUCGCAAUCUGAGAUGGAAGUUGUGCAGUUAUUACGUCGCCUGGCCGGAGAAGACCUCUUGCCCCAAGGUCUACUGGAAACCCCAAAACACCGACGCUAA